AUAUAUUGCUUUUAAAGCGAUGGAAUAAAGAAUACAAUGCAUGAUUGAUCAAUAUGACGGGUAUUCCGUUGAUGAAUUAAACAUGACUCUUAGUGGAGAUUUGAGUAAAGGUGAAAAUAUGGCUGAUAACGGUGGUCUUAAGCUGGCUCUUAAGGCCUACGAAUCUUGGGCUAAAGGAAGACCACAAGAACCGCCAUUACCAGGAUUAGAAUUCACUCCCGACAAACUAUUUUGGAUUGGGGCUGCCAAUUUUUGGUGUGAAAAACAAAGUAAAUCAGCUCUCCAAAACCAAUUGUUGCGAGAUGAACAUAGUCCAGGAAGGUUCAGAGUGAUCGGUCCAAUGUCCAACAUUCCAGAAUUUUCAGCAACUUUCAAUUGUCCAUUAGGAUCAAAAAUGAAUCCCAUACGUAAAUGUUCGGUGUGGUGAUUUUUUAUAGUGAUAAUCUCAUAGAUUCAUAAAUGGAUUCAACAAUCAAGUCAAUCUUUAUCUUUAAGAUAAUCAUUUUUUCUUGUCUCCUCAUAUUUUUGCUAAAGCCCAUUGAAUUAUGAGUAAAACAAAAUGUCCAACAUUUUCGGUUAUUUUCUUAUUUUUAUCGACCAUAUCUGACAGCGUUUCCAAUGAAAAUCCAUUGUAAUUCAUUGUUCUCCAAAGACCACCAUAUAUCGUAGGUUCAUUAAUGAAUCAUUUAAAUGUUAACACAACAAUCAUGAUUAAGAAAUCAAUAAAGUCACUGUGUUAACAAAGGCA